AUGGAUUUCCUCACUCUGUUCGCUGUCUACGUUGUAGUGGUGCUGACAUGUAUAGUCCUAGUCUGCAAAUACUCAGGCCAGCAGCAGACUCCCUUUAAUAUCAUCUUCAACUAUGUAGGAAAGGUAGUUGCACCAUUCACGCCAAAAUGGCUCCAAAAGUUUUCACAAUGGACCUUGCACAGGCUGUUUCAUCAAAGGAACAACAUGUUCAUCUAUCUGCAUAUCCUGCUCGAGGUUGCUGUGUGUGCAGAGUUCACCUAUGAGGUGUUUGGCUUCUGCAGGCAGAUGGACACCACUCUGACCAGCCUGUGUGUGCCUUACGUCCUGCUGACCAUCAAGACCUACUUCUUCUACCUCUGCAUCAAGAAAGAUCCAGGCACAGUGACGAAGAAGAAAAUCGCUGGACAGCUGCACAUCUAUCCGUAUGACAGGAGACUGUUUCACCCGGGAGUCUCCUGUGAAACCUGUCAACUCGUCAAACCAGCUCGCUCUAAACACUGCAGGGUCUGCAACAGGUGUGUCCAACGUUUUGACCACCACUGUGUCUGGGUGAACAACUGCAUCGGUGCUCAGAACACUCGUUACUUCUUGCUUUACCUCUUUAGCAUGUGCGCCAUGGCGGGAGACAUUGCCGUACUAACAGGAGACAUGCUGUUACAUGCCGUACUGCAGUCAGGGCUUCUGAGGGCCAGUUAUCUAGAUGAGUAUGGCCAGCAGCAGCCAGCAGGGCCUCUGUUUGUUGUACAGCAUCUGUUUCUGACCUUCCCCCGAAUCAUCUUCAUGCUGGGAUUUCUGGUCUUUGUCUUCUUCCUCCUGGCGGGUUAUGCCCUUUUCCAUUCCUACCUGGCUCUCGUCAACCAGACCUCCAAUGAGUGGUACAAAAGUCGAGGUUACGUGUGUCAGCACUGCCACCCAACUGCAACAGCAGACCAUCUCUCUAGCCCAGCGCCAGACCACUCUAAAAGGUACUACUACAGCAGAGGGCUACUCCAAAAUCUGGGAGAGAUUUUCUUUCCUCUACAACCUGUUAAGAAAAAAGACAACUGAAAAAAAAAAAAAAAAAAAGAUACUGCCGUCUGUGUUGUUAUGCUGCAUUUACUGUACAUCCCCUUGGAUUCCCUGGGGUUUAUUGUCCCUAAGAACUGUUGCUGACUGAAGAAAUAAAGUUUACGUUAGCGAUUUCUUUAUGGACUCCCAUGUCUAUCUCUCACAAGGUGUCAUGUAUUGGAAAGCUCAGGCAACCUUGGCAGCAAAUACAAAAUAAUUCUUGUUGGAUCAAAUCAUCAUCGGUAAUUAAAUGUUCUAACCGUAAGCCUU